AUGACUGAAGAAGAUUUUGAUGAUCUAGGAUACACCAAGGAGAAUCUAUUCAAUGAAAAAGAUGGAGAACCACUGAAGGAGUACAUGAACAUGCAAUCAACCCCAGAGACAAAUGAGGAGGAAACCCCAAAUGAAGACAUGGUGGAGCCAAUAAAAUAUGAUUCAAAUGCCAAGACAUGGAUCGAUGACAAGCUGCUUGCACUCACAGCAGCAAACACCAAAAGGAAAAGGAAUCUGGACCCAACUGUUCAUGAAGCACUCGCUGGCGAAGACAGAAGACACUGGGAGGAGGCAAUGCGAACGGAGUUAGAUGGAUGUCAGAGGUCUCGCGCCUGA